AUGGCCUUCUCUGUUAGCCCCAUAACUGAAAACGACGUAGAGGCUGUGCUCAAAUUCAUGAAACGAACAUUCUAUGUCGAUGAGCCGAUUUACAAGGCUGUAAGGUACUGCACGUCUGAGAAUGAUGACACAUUUGAUUCGGACGAAUAUUGCAAGCACAUUUUACCAGGGGUGUCCUUUCAAGCAAAGGAUAACGAUGGCAACAUUAUCGGUGCACUUUUAUGCGACAUUUGUCCGGUUGCAAAUCCGACAAUUUAUACACACGCUCUUAGAGAUUGCCGAUCUCCAAGAUAUAAAACAAUUAUUCAAAUGUGUAUAGUUCGUGAAAUGCUAACAGAAAUUUGGAGCAAGUUUCCAAAUGACGUGAACUUGAUUGAAGUCAAGAUGGCGUCUACUGACUCACAAUGGCGGAAUAAAGGAGUCAUGAAUCGGUUAAUGGUUGAAGUGGAGAAUGCAGCAAGAGAAAAUAAUGUCCGAUUACUCCGUAUGGAAACCUCAAGUGCCUACUCUGCCAAAUCGGCGGAAAGGCGUGGAUUUAAGUGUAUUUUUAAACGGCUUUAUACUGAUUUCCAGCUUGACGGUAAACCAUUCAUUGUAACCGAACCACCACAUGUAGACGAUCGUGUAUAUGUGAAGGAACUGUUUUAA